CUUCUUCUCUCUCCCUCUGAAAUCAGAGCGAGCAAAGAGAGAGAGGGAAGAGAAGCGUUUCCUCUGUCUCUUCUCUUCUUUUCUCUUUCUUUCUACUACUGCGUUCGGGAAAUAAGUACCGUCGAAUCAAGAUCAGAUGGCUCGCGCUCUCUCAGGUGCCACGACUCUCGCCGCUGCUCUCUCCGACGGGAUCGCGGUCUACAUCAGCAGGAGGGGUUAUGCGGCCGUGACGGGAACGGUGGUGAGUAGGGGGAGGUCAUCGGCGGAAGAAAAGGCGGUGAGGAAGGCGACUGUGAGUUCGGGUUCGUCUUCCGGUUCUUCUUCGGAUUCCUGGGUUCCGGAUCCCGUUACCGGGUACUACCGGCCCGGGAACCGGCGGGCAGACGUGGACGCCGCCGAACUUAGAGAGAUUCUUCUCUCCCACAGAUCUCGACAAUAAGGUGGAUCAAAGAUCCACCAUAUGUGAUUUGGAGAGAAGAAAGAAAAAGAAAGGGGAGAAGCCCAUCAUAUUCAUCGAUGGACACUCUUAUCGGCUCCCGACAUUUAUAAAUUUAAAUGUGUACGUUUCGGUGAUGCUAAAUUUAAAUGGCCCUUGGUUAAGCUCAAUGCAUCCGAAAGAGUGAUUAUAAUAAAACUAAAAUCAGAUCAUAUACUAA